AACAGUGACAGCAGAGAAGUGAACUGUACUGUAUUCUCUGCUGUCUGAAAAAGGGAAAUUUUGCGUAUUCCAGUUAUUGCAUUCCAUAAACAAGCAACAUUGAUGAUAAGCUUGAUCAUCACAAACCCACAGCUAAAUUUCAACCCAUCAUGAUUCAUGGAUUUCUUCUUUCGUUUUCUCUCCAAUUAAUUUUUGUCCAUUUCAAGAUCACCCCAAAACCCUUUUUAUCUUUUCAAUCAUGACCCUUUAAGCUUCUCUGUCAUUUUCCGUUAAUUUUCUCACCCAGCCUUCCCUUCAACGUCACCAAUCCCACAUAAUCCGAACUAAAAAAAAAAAAAAAAAACCCAGAAAGAAAGCAGAUAUUUUUCUUCAUUAAUGAUAUGCCUUUGAAUUGUUCGAGCGUGGCUAUAAAAAUCCCACAUGGGUUGGGUAUGUGGAGAAGAAAUUACAACAACACAAAAGAGUUCACACCAACAAACCAUGUAAGAAGAACUUUUUUGGUCUUUGAGAAAAAUCCCAAGAGAUUUUCUGUGCCCAUUUUUGGUUGCGUUUCUUUCAAGUUCAACCAAAAGUAUUAUUCUUCUUCGAUAAUGGAGGAGCAGAGUCAUUUGUUGAGCCAUGAAACAGAGCGGUUUUCGCAGGACAAAGAAUUGGAAGUUGGUGUUAGAGCUGUGCAAAUGGCUUGUGCGCUUUGCCAGAGAGUUCAAGAGGGUUUGAUUUCUAAAACCGGGAACAAUGGAUUUCAGUCCAAAGAUGACAAUUCCCCUGUCACCAUUGCAGAUUGGAGCGUCCAAGCAACAGUGAGCUGGGUAUUGUCCAAGGCCUGCGGAAGCAGAAAUGUCUCCAUUGUUGCUGAAGAAGAUGUUCAAACUCUGUCCAAGACUGGUGCCGCCGGGUUAUUAGAAGCUGUAGUGAAAACCGUGAAUGAAUCUCUAGCUGAUGCACCGCGUUUUGGACUCAAAGCACCAGAAAUCCCCCUUGGGAGUUCCGAGGUUCUUGAAGCAAUCAGCCGAUGCAACUCAAAUGGUGGCCCUACUGGAAGAUUUUGGGCGCUUGACCCUGUUGAUGGGACACUGGGAUUUGUUCGAGGCGAUCAAUAUGCCAUAGCUCUAGCACUCAUUGAGGAUGGAGAAGUUGUACUUGGAGUACUCGGGUGUCCCAAUUACCCAAUGAGAAAGGAAUGGCUUGGCUAUCAUCACCGCUACCAUAGAAUUGUGUCGAAGUUGACCCCGCCAACGUCCGAAUCGUGGGACAAAGGUUGUGUAAUUUAUGCUAGGAGAGGUAGUGGCAAGGCCUGGAUGCAACCCCUGCUUCAUGUAAAUAAGAAGUUCAUGUGGCCAAACUCUGCAAGGCCUGUUCAAGUUUCCUCCAUCGAUAACCCAUCAUUGGCAACCUUUUGUGAACCAGUUGAGAAGGCGAAUUCGAGCCAUUCGUUCACAGCUGGACUGGCUCACAGCAUGGGUCUCAGGAAGCAACCGUUACGAGUAUACAGCAUGGUGAAAUAUGCGGCCAUUGCUCGUGGAGACGCCGAGAUAUUCAUGAAGUUUGCAAGAGCCGGCUACAAGGAGAAGAUAUGGGACCAUGCUGCUGGGGUCGCCAUCAUACAAGAAGCUGGUGGCGUGGUAACGGACGCCAGAGGGCGACCACUGGACUUCUCAAAGGGCAUAUACCUAGAAGGUCUUGAUCGUGGGAUCAUUGCUAGUUCUGGACCCACUCUACAUGACAAGAUCAUCAAGGCCGUUGAUUCUAGCUGGGACUCCUCUAGUCUAUGAGAUUCUCCCGGUUAACAAAGCAUAAUAACACUAGACAGGGUAAGGAAAUUGUAAAUGAGAAUUUAUCUUUUCCCAAUUCUUGAUUAGUGGAUACCAGAUAAAUCAUCCUUCUUUGACGCAAACCAGGGAUGUCUGUAAUAAUAGUUAAAAGGAGAGGAAAAAAGAACUGAUGUUUGCUAUGAAAAAAUCUUGUUCUCCUUGAAUUUUUAGCCAGUGGACAUUCCACAUGAAAGAUGGUUUUAUUUAGUUUUGAGU